AUGUUCGAUCAAGCUGCGGCGAAAAGCAUCGGCCGCGAUGAGAUAUUAUCCACUACCUCUCGAUUGCCGUCACCAGUCGACGAAUCUGAACUACAAGAUGCUCGCGCCCGUCUGGGGAAACUAUUUGAUCUAGAUGGACUCUACAAUAUCAAUGCAGAUGGGAAUGAAACUCAAGAGACAGUACCACUAGCUGAAGCUGAGGAUGAAGAUGGGGAGCAGGAAUUCGAGUUCCGGCUGUUCAGCGCGCCAACGAAAUCGAAAGAGUCUGCAGAACAGAUCGUCGAUAAAAAGAAAGUUGAUCAAACAACCAAUGACAAUGAAGUAACUCAGAAGCUUCGCAUCAGAUUACGGUCCCCGUCGCCGUUGAAUCCCUCAGAGGGGCGGUUCAUCAAGCCAUUUCGCGGAUGGCAGUACUAUUUCUCCAACCCGACACUAUAUGAAAUGAAAGAACCGACGUACCAAGCACUACAAGCAAAAAGAAUUCAAGAAUUUGAAGACAUGGCAGUGACUGGCGAAGAUAUCAUGGCAUGGGCCUCGCAAGCAUGGCCUCGAUGCGAACGUCCAUGGCGUGUCACGCAUCUCAAAAGACACCAGACGAAACUACCUUCUAAAGUUCCGGUCUACGUGGUCGAGGGUGCACUCCCGACCAAGUCGCCGAAGACCCGGAAGAAGCCCGGCAAGAAGAGGCGUCUGCAGCUGCGCAAGCGAGUUGCAGUGGCACAAAAGGCCAAGGAGUCUGAAGCCGAGAAACGUAAACGGCAGAACCGUGAGCGCCAGCUCAAGCGUCGUCAGAAGGCACGAGAUCAAAAAGCUGCAGCUGCAGCUGGUGGUGAUACUUCUAUGGUGGACACGGAGGCUUAG